AUGGAACCAGAGCCGUCCCCUGCUGCUCUCCUUGAGGCUAUCACAGCCCUCACAGCCACAGUUGGGUCCCUGCAGGACCAAAUCCACACCCAAAGCCAGCAGAUUACCAAGCUUAGGGCCAUAUGUAAGGAGACAGCAGACCUCCUUGGGGACAAGGAUCAAGGAGCCCCCCAAACCCAGCCUGGCCCAUUGACUGGGCCUAUCACCCCUCCUACCCACUUGGGAGGGGAAGUCCACACUCCAGGCACGGUUAGGCCUGGACUCAAGGCCCCGUUCCGCCCCUCUAGAGGAACAGGUUAUGACUCAGAAGAGGAAGAAGAACCCAGGCAAGCCCCCAAGAAAGAGCCUUGCGGAAUGCCUAGGAGCCUAAGCUCACUCACCCCCUUUGAUUCAGGGUCCAGCGUAAAGCGGCCCAAAAUGGAACUCCCUGACCCAUAUAAGGGGGACUCCAGGGGAAGAAAGGCAACCCAAUGGCUAGACCGCAUGCUGCUUUGGGUUGCACUUCAUCAAGACCAAUUUGAUGAAGAAGAGCAAAUGGUUGUGUGGAUGCUUUACCACAUGACAGACAAGGCAGCCGACUGGGCACUCCCCCUCAUUGGGGCUAUUAUCAAGGGCAAGGGCAAUCCUCCAACCACCAUCCCGGUCUUAACGGCCAAAUUCAAAGAAGCCUUUGCCAAUCCAGACGCAAAGAGGGCGGCUGCCAGGAAGAUUGCCGCGCUAACUCAGACCACAACCAUGUCUGAGUACGUCACCAAAUUCUGCAAUCUCAUAGCAGAACUUGACUGGAAUGAGGAGGCGUAUAUUGCCCAAUUCACGCACGGCCUUCACUGGAAGGUCAAAGAACUCUUGUCCACCAAGGACAACAUUCCCAACAAUCUUGAGGCCAUAUUUGCCGCCUCAAUCAAAAUUGACAAUACUUGUUGGGAAAAUGAGGAAAACCGCCCCAAAAAGGCACCCGCUAAGUCCCCAACCACCAUGGCCACCACUUCCACCACCACCACGCAAAGGGUCUGCCUUUCAGAGGACCCUAACUACGUAACUCCGGAAGAAAGGGACCGCCAACAAGCUUCAGGCCUUUGCGUCAAAUGCAGGCAAAAGGGGCAUGGUAUCAAGCAGUGCCAAAAUGGAUGGAAGGCCACAAUCAAAGAAGUGGCCAAGCCCCCAACUCAGAAGAAGGACACUGUAGAUAGUUUUGUAGAAUUUGUUUCUGUUGGUCUUGAUUCUAAUAAAAAACUGCUAUUAUUCAUUGAUCUACACGUCCAAAAUUCCCAGGCAGAACCCAUUAAAACUCUCAUUGACUCAGGCGCCACCUCCAACUUUAUAUCCCCAGCUCUAGUAGAAAACCUCAAAAUCCCUAAAACCCAACUCAAAAAUCCACGAGUUGUGAGAAUGUUAGAUGGUACCCUAUCCCAGACUGGUUGCAUAUGGCACCAGGUUCAACUUGCGGUCUUGGCCAAUGGCCACUCACACACAAUCCCCUUCCUAGUUUGUCCCAUUGGGAACACACCAGCAAUUUUAGGCAUGACAUGGUUAAUGGCAGAAGCUCCCCUCAUCAAUUGGCAACAGGGAUUAGUCACAUUCCCUGAACAGGUACAGAUUGCCUCCAAAGAAGAAGCAGACCUGGAUCCUUUAGCAGACCUCCCCCCUCAAUAUCAUGAGUUUGCUAGAGUAUUUGGCAAAGAAGAGUUUAAGGUUCUACCCCCUCAUUGGGAAUAUGAUAUUGCAAUAGACCUUCUCCCUGAUGCAAAAUUAUCACCAGGCCCAAUCUACAGAAUGACAGACGCGGAGUCCAAAGCUCUGAAACAACACAUUGACAAGGAGCUGGCAACAGGAAAGAUCCGUCCCAGCACCUCCUCAGCAGGCGCUCCGGUCAUGUUUGUCAAGAAAGCGGAUGGUUCCCUCAGGCUAGUAGUAGAUUACAGGAAGCUGAAUGACGUGACCCACAAAAACGUGUAUCCACUUCCCAGACAAGAUGAUCUCAUGGCUAAGCUCAGGAAUGCCAAGUUAUUCACCAAACUAGACUUACGUUGGGGCUAUAAUAAUGUACAGAUCAAAGAAGGUGAUGAAUGGAAGACGGCCUUUAGGACCAAGUACGGGCUCUUUGAAUACCUAGUAAUGCCUUUUGGCCUUACAAAUGCCCCUGCCGCCUUCCAGCACUUUAUGAAUGAUUUGUUCAGAGACCUCAUCAAUGUCACAGUAGUCAUCUACUUGGACGAUAUUUUGAUUUUUUUGGAGAAGCCAGAAGAACACCCUGCCCAUGUGAAGGAAGUCUUAUCCAGGCUAAUGGCAAAUCAGCUCUUUUGCAAACUUUCAAAGUGCCACUUCCACAUGACCACAGUUGACUACCUUGGUAUUGUAAUCUCACCGGCAGGAUUUUCCAUGGAUCAGAAGAAGAUAGAAGCUGUCACCUCAUGGCCUCAACCCAAAACAGUCAAACAGGUCCAGGCAUUCUUAGGCUUUGUCAACUACCUCCGGCGUUUCAUUCCCAACUUCAGCUUGGUUGUGCGUCCCCUCCAUAACCUCACAAAGAAGGAAACUCCCUGGUCAUGGGAUGAACCAGAAGAGGUUGCAUUCCAGGAGCUAAAGGCCCUUGUCACCAGAUCCCCGGUUCUUAUCCACUCCAACCCAGAACUACCCUACUACCUAGAAACAGACGCAUCAGGGGUAGCCAUGGGAGCCAUACUGAGUCAACAAGGAGAGGAUAACCGGCUCCAUCCAAUUGCAUAUAUGUCUAAGUCCUUCUUGGGUGCCAAAUCAAACUAUGAUAUGCAUGACAAAGAAUUAUUAGCUAUCAUUAAGGCAUUAGAGGAGUGGCAAAUUUUCCUAGAAGCAACAGACAAACCAAUCCAGGUCUUCACAGAUCAUAGAAACCUGGAGUAUUGGAUGCAGGCACAAACCUUUAACCAGAGACACGCAAGAUGGCGCAUUUUCCUGAGUGACUUCAAUUUUGAAAUCCACUAUUGCCCAGGAAAACAGUCAGGGAAGCCAGACGCCCUGUCCAGACAAUUGGAUUACAUCAAUGUGCCACCAGAACCAGAAGUCAUGCUCCCAGCAGAGGUCUUUGCCAACACGUCAGAGGAAGAACUGGAAAUUGUCACGGAAAUACGUUCUAGGUUGAAAGAAGACCCUUCCCUAGAACAGAUUAUCCAGUUUCUAACAGAAGACGCUGAUAACGCCCUGCCAUCCAUACAGAAGGCGUACCAAGAUUAUGAUUGGGAGGAAGACCUACUCUGGUACCGUGGGAAACUAGUAGUACCCGACCAUGAGCCCCUGAAAGAAAGACUCCUGAAGGAAUUUCACAACUCUCCCCUGGCAGGACAUCCGGGACAACAAAGAACCCUAGAGCUUCUAAUAAUUGCCCUGAAACCCUUGGAAGUUCCACCAUAUCCCUUCCACACAAUAUCAUACAACUUCAUCACUGGGUUCCCCAAGUCCCAGGGCCACAAUGCUAUCCUUGUGGUUAUUGAUUCAUUUUCCAAGUUUGGACACUUCAUCCCCACGUCCAAAAAGGUCACAUCCAAGGGGUUGGCGGACUUAUUUGUAACGCAUAUCUGGAAACUCCAUGGCUUACCAAUCAAAACCAUCUCAGACCGCGGAACCACGUUCACCAGAAAGUUUCUUUGGGCACUCUAUCAAAGACUGGGGAUCAAACCAUCCUUUUCUUCCGCUUACCAUCCAGAAUCCAACGGACAGACAGAAAGGGUUAAUCAGUUUAUUGAGUUCUACCUAAGGUCAUACAUAGCAGCCAAUCAUUCAGACUGGACCACCUGGCUCCCUUUGGUGGAAUACGCGUAUAACAACGCCAAACAUGCGUCCACAGGAAAAACCCCCUUUGAAUUGGUUUACAGAAGGAAUCCAGUAAUGAACCCUUCCAACGUCCCAGCCAAUGUACCAGAGGCAGAUGAGGUAGCAGACACACUAGCCUGGGAAUGGAAAGAAGCCAAGUCAGCCCUCAGAUUGAGCAAAGAACGGAUGACCAGGAACCAAGGAACAGUACCGGAGUAUUCAGUAGGAGAGAAGGUUUGGCUGGAUGGGAAGAAUGUGGAACUUAGGACCAAUUCAAACAAGUUGGACCCCAAACAACUUGGUCCCUUCAAAAUUGUUGAAAAAAUUUCUAGUCACGCCUACCGCCUAGAGCUACCAGAGACUUUGAAGAUCCAUGAUGUGUUCUAUGUUGGGUUGUUAUCUAAGAGCCACAAAUCACCAAGCCAACCAUUUCCGGAACAACCUCCCCCUGAGACAAUAGAGGGAGAAGAAGAAUACAAGGUGGAACAAAUCAUAGACUCCAAACAACAACGGGGUAAAUGGUUCUACCUAAUAAAAUGGAAAGGAUAUGGCCCAGAAGACAACUCAUGGGAACCAGAAGAACUACUGGAAUACAGCCAAGAAGAGAUAAAGCAAUUCAACCAAGCUAGACUCAGAAAGGCUUGUGACGCCACCAAGAGCCUUUAA